GUUUUUCGAACCAGACUUCCGGAACUCAUCAUAUCUUCGUGACUAGUUAUAGUAACCGAAACAAAAUAACAAUGGGGGACGACGGUAAAUUGCAAAAAAUGGAAGUGGAUUACUCUUCCACUGUAGACGAAAAGAUUCCUGAGUGCGAAAAACUGGCUAAGAAUGGAAAACUUAAUGAGGCUAUUGAGAUUUUACUAUCAUUGGAGAAACAAACUCGCACCGGUGCUGAUAUGCAUUCAACGGCUAAAAUUUUAAUUGCAAUUGUUCGAAUGUGUUUUGAGCAAAAAAAGUGGGAUUUAUUAAAUGAGAAUAUACUAACUUUGACAAAACGACGAGGACAAUUGAAACAAGCAGUAACGAAAAUGGUACAAGAAGCAAUGACUUAUCUUGACAAAACCCCAUCUUUAAACAUAAAGCUGAAACUAAUUGAUACUUUAAGGACAGUAACUGCCGGAAAAAUUUAUGUUGAGAUUGAGAGAGCUCGUCUUACCAGAAUCUUGGCAAAAAUUAGAGAAGAUCAAGGCGAUAUUAAUGAAGCUGCUACGAUUCUUCAAGAACUCCAAGUAGAAACAUACGGUUCUAUGGAAAAGCGCGAAAAAGUUGAGUUCAUAUUGGAACAAAUGCGCCUCUGUUUGGCCAAGAAAGAUUAUAUUAGAACCCAGAUUAUAUCCAAGAAAGUUAGUUCUAAAUUCUUUGAUGAGAAAACCGAAGAUUUAAAAAUAAAAUUCUACGAAUUAAUGAUUGAAUUGGACGAGCAUCACCAGUCAUAUUUGGCAAUUUGUAAGCACUAUAGACAACUCUUGCAAACAAAAGCAAUUCAAGAAAUGACAGCUAAGAGAAAUGAUAUGAUCAAGGCCUCAGUUCUUUACUUGAUAUUGGCUCCUUUCGAUAACGAACAGUCGGAUUUAAUACAUCGCGUUAAAGGAGAAAAAGAAUUAACUACUGUACCUGAAUACAAGAAAUUGAUAGAAUUUUUCACCACCGAUGAAUUGAUGAGGUGGACUGAAAUCAAGCGUGAUUUCGAAUCAGAAUUGACCAGCGGAACAGCAGGAAGUUCAGCAGCAGCCAUUUUCAAUACUAAAACCGAUCAGGGUACUUCUAGAUGGAAAGAUUUCAAAGUUCGAAUUGUCGAACAUAAUAUAAGAGUAAUGGCUCAAUACUAUGUCAGAGUUACACUUAAGCGAAUGGCUGAAUUGUUAGAAUUGACGGAAGCCGAAGCGGAAGAAUUUCUCUCAAACCUUGUAGUGAAUAAGACAGUCUCGGCGAAAAUUGAUAGACUGGAUGGAAUAGUCCAGUUUAGUUCGGCUAAGGAUCCAAAUAGUAUAUUGAAUGAUUGGAAUCAUAGCGUCGUACAGUUAAUGAAUCACAUAAACAAAGCAACUCAUCUUAUAACUAAAGAACAAAUGGUACACAAAGUAAAAUGA